AUGGGUGAUAAUUGUCAACGGAUUGUUAACACAACAACAACAGGAAAAGACAGCAACAACCACAAAUAUCAUGACUAUGACGACAAUGAAAAUGUUGACACUGACAACCAUAGUGGCAACAAAAAUAUGCAAAAUAUCAACUAUUUUAAGCUUAAUCAUAAAAACAACUACAAUAACAAUAAGAAAAACUCAAUGUACUAUGAGAAGGACUAUAAACAACAUAGAGCAGAAGUAGGAGCAGCAACUCCACGCAUUGAUAAACUACCAGACGACAAUAAUACGGUUGAUGAGCAGGAUGAUGAAAAUGAGAGUGUGUAUAAUAAGCCAGAACAUGAUGAGGAUGGUGCUGACGAUGAUGCGAAUAAUGACAGCGACAUAAACAUUAACAACAACUACAGUAAUAUCAACAGAUAUAUUCACAGCUAUAACCACAAAAAACAAACAACAGCAACAAAAGAUUAUACUGAAAAUAACAACAACAACAAUAUGGUAAACAAGAACAGCAGAUAUAAUAACAAUAACAAAAACAAUCAGGAUUUUCAAAAUGAGAAUAAAGAGGAAAUACAUCCCAAAGAUAUGGAGGAUGAAGACGAAUGGUCAACCUCAUUGUUAACAGCAGCAUCAUCAUCGUCAUCAUCAUCUAGUAGUGGUGGUGGGGCCAUAACAUCGGAUGAAAUACAACCAGAUAUAAUACCAUAUCCGCCACCACCAUUUUCCCAGCAGCAGCAACAACAAUACUACGAACACUGGUUACUGCAGCAAUACAAUAACAAACCAUAUCAAACAGAAAGUCUGGCAACAUAG